GACAGUGGUAAAAAAAUCUAAGGUAAACAAUGGGCGAUAAGGGUGCUGUUCAGAAUGUGCAACCAAUUGUUAAAAUUGGUCAUUACACUCUCGGGCAAACACUUGGCGUCGGUACAUUUGGGAAAGUUAAAAUUGGCGAACAUCAGUUAACGAAACAUAAGGUUGCAGUUAAGAUUCUAAACAGGCAGAAAAUUAAGAGCUUGGAUGUAGUUGGAAAAAUUCGUAGAGAAAUUCAAAAUCUUAAGCUUUUUCGCCACCCACACAUCAUUAAACUGUAUCAAGUGAUCAGUACACCAACUGACAUCUUCAUGAUAAUGGAGUAUGUGUCUGGAGGAGAGCUCUUUGACUACAUAGUCAAGCACGGAAAGCUGAAAGAAUACGAGGCACGCCGUUUUUUCCAGCAGAUAAUUUCCGGCGUGGACUACUGUCACCGGCACAUGAUUGUACACAGGGACCUGAAACCAGAAAAUCUGCUACUUGAUCAUAAUCUUCAUGUGAAAAUAGCUGACUUUGGGUUGUCCAACAUGAUGAUGGAUGGUGAAUUUCUGCGCACAAGUUGUGGGUCUCCUAACUACGCUGCCCCAGAAGUUAUUUCAGGCAAGCUAUAUGCCGGUCCAGAAGUUGACAUUUGGUCAUGUGGGGUCAUUCUGUAUGCACUAUUAUGUGGCACGUUGCCAUUUGAUGAUGAACAUGUGCCAACUCUGUUCCGAAAAAUCAAAUCUGGAAUUUUUCCAAUUCCUGAAUAUUUGAACAAGUCAGUAGUGUCAAUGUUAUGCCACAUGCUUCAAAUUGAUCCCAUGAAGAGGGCAACCAUUGAAGAUAUCAAAAAACAUGAAUGGUUCCAGCGUGAUUUGCCAGCAUACCUCUUCCCAUCACCAGUAGAACAAGAUUCAUCAGUUAUUGACACUGAUGCUAUUAAUGAAGUUUGUGAGAAAUUCGGUGUGAAAGAACAUGAGGUGCACAGUGCCUUGUUGAGUGGAGACCCACACGACCAGUUAGCUAUAGCUUACCACCUCGUUAUAGACAACAAACGCAUUGCUGAUGAGGCAGCAAAGGCAGAACUGAAGGACUUCUACGUAGCAAGUAGUCCCCCACCAGUCUCCUUUAGUCCGAGUGAGCUGAAUCAAAGCCCCAUUCGACCUCACCCAGAAAGAAUUGCACCUUUGCGUGACAGAGUGAUGUGCACAAACACGGGCGGAGGAGGUGAUCGAGCUUCCAAAGGCACUCCAGUGAAACGAGCCAAAUGGCAUCUAGGUAUUCGUUCCCAAAGCAAGCCACAUGACAUAAUGAAUGAGGUGUAUCGAGCCAUGAAGAUAUUAAAUUUUGAAUGGAAAGUAAUAAACCCAUUUCAUGUGCGUGUACGUCAAAAAAACAAGUUGACUGGAAAGUACGUAAAAAUGUCGCUCCAAUUGUAUCAAGUGGAUUAUAAAAGCUACCUGUUGGACUUCAAAAGUCUCAGCAGCGAGAGCAGCGAGGAAUAUGAUGAACAGAGCUGAGCGGUAUGUAAACUGCGAGGUUGACCUGUGAGGACAGUGAAGUGAAAAGAGGGAGUGACUCCUUGGUGAGUAAUAUGGCGCUCAUGUGCGAAGAUUGGUGCAUCAUGGACCGAAGCAUUUGGGACAGUGUUGUUUGCGUGACAGACGAGUGAGUAGUGCAAGGUGUGGUAAGAGAUAAAUAGUAGAGAGAGCCACUGUAAGCCGAGCUUCAGUGGGGAGAGGUAAAUUAUGGACUUAAUGAAAGAGUGAUUAAUUUGUGGACAGACAUAUUAAGUGUUAAAAUUGAAUUUAUAUUGUAAAUAUUAGCAAAGGAAAAAAGUUAAUUAAUUAAGCUAUUAUCAUUUUUGGUCCUGUUUUCCCACACAUAAUAUUACUAUAAACUGGGCAUUUAAACCUUGUAGACUGAAAACUUUAAUUGCCACAUUUAUGUGGGCCAGAUAUAAAGUGAAUAUCAGAGAUAAUAAAAGCCAUCCAAGUGGAAAAAAGUCUAGGUUUGAGAAAAACUGAGUAUUCUUCAAUACUUCAAGAAAUGUUCUUCUGAUGCAAAAGAUAAAGCUCAUAAACACAACAACAACCCACUGGCUCUUAAUAAAUGGUUUCAGGUUCUGAAGUGGCCAGAAUUUGGUUAAAGGUGAUGUAUUUAUGCUAAUGCUAUUUCUUUGAAUGGCUGUCCAUUUUUAUGACACUGUGACCUAUUUCAUAUUUUGACCAAAAACAUUGUGGAUCCUACAAAUGUUAAAGCAACAAGCAACAAUAACAAUAGAAGUACAUACAGUAGAGCUUUAUUAUAAAGAACAUGAAGGGACCAAAAUUAUGGCAGUUUGUUAUAAUGAAGUUCUUUAUACCAAAAUCACAAUGAUUGCCUGAUUUGGGUUUUUUAACAUAAAUCGAUCUUGUUAAAUUAACAAAGUAGAAAAUCUAAUACCAAUAUGAGUGGUACAAGCAUUAAUUACUUUAACAGCUAUACUUUGGGAUCAAGAUACAUACCACAUACAUACAUACUAGUAUGUAUAUGUACUAUACAGAAAUACGUAAGUUGUUUGUCAAAACAGUAAGCCUAUCUUUGGAAUCAAGACAAGCUGUUUGCAAAAAUGCUGUAAUAAAUCAAAAAUAUAAAAUUUAAAAGUUAGGAAAAUUUUUUUACAUUUUUAAAUUGUUGAGAAAAAAUCCUGUAUACGUGACUGUUUUUUAAUGUUGUUAAGUUCAUUGGCCACAUCUGUUUCAAUGUUUCUUAAGACGGGCAGGUGAUGUACAAGCUUUUCAGUUGUCAUAAAGAGUCUUUCCAACACAUUUAGUGCAUUACAGACUUCUUCCCGCCGAGGACGUUUAACUUCGGUUUCACUGUUACAGUCAUCAGCAUCUUCAUUUGGCGGGCAGCUCUCCUCUUCCGGUUGGCCAACCUCCUCUGACACUGCAGGGCAAGUGGCUAUGUGAUUAUAUAUGCCAACAAAAUCACCGAAAGAAGAAUGAGGAACAUCAAACCUUUUCUGAACUUCAGCCCAACUAGGUUCAUCACAGUCAUCUGAUUCUUCAUUGUGAGGACGUUCAGUCUUGAUAGGAAAUCCUGCCUUCCUAUAACAAUUCACAAUUGUGGAAGGCUUGACUCUAUCCCAGGCCAAACACAGCCUGUGCAUGGCCUGAAGAAUGUUCCACUUCAAUUCGCUGGAGUCUUUCCCACUCUCCACCUUCCAUAGAAGGUAUUGCACAAGUUACUUCUUGUAGUCCCUUUUAACUUGUGCAAUAAUCCCUUCAUCUAGGGGCUGCAAAGCACUGGUACAGUUGGGUGGGAAAAAGAGCACUUUAACAUUUCUAAGUGAAAGGUUAACGUUGUGGGCAGGACAGUGGUCAAUAAACAACAGAACUUUUCUUUUCUGUACCCCCAUCUUGGCAUCAAAACUUUGUAUCCAUUCUUGAAAAAGGGAUGCUGUCAUCCAUGAAUUUUUGUUGUUUUUAUACUUGCAAGGAAAAUGUUUAAUGUUUUUGAAGCAUCUGGGUUUUCUAUAUUUACCAAUGAUAAGUGGUGUCAGCUUUUCGGAAUCAUUACUGUUAACACACAGCAGCACAGUAAAGCGUUCCUUGCUCUUUUUGCCUCCGUGGCAUGUUUCACCUUUCACCUCCAGUGUUCUGUCAGGAAGCAGAUUGUAAAAAAUGCCUGCUUCAUCGGCAUUGAAAAUGUCUUUUUCAUCAUUUCCAUUUCCAAUUCAAGUUCUUCCUUCCACUUGUCUUGAACUUCAACAUUUACUGCUGCAGCUUCUCCACACACUUUAAGCGUACCUAAAUUCCAACGUGCCUUGAAUCGGUGAAGCCAGCCACCAGAAGCUUUAAAGUCGGUAAUUUGUAAUUUUAAGGCCUUCCUGUGCCUUUUGUUGGAGAAUGUCCCCACCAAUGGGAAUGUUUGAUGCCAGUGAAUGCGUCAACCAGUCGAACGUCUUUUCAAGAGCAUCGUAGCGGGCAGUACGCAAACGUUUUCGAUCUUGUGACAUUAAAUGUUUAUUUAUUGUCUUCCAAAAUGGAUUGCUGGGUGAGAAUUGUCGAUAAUGUUGAUUUGGAGAUACCGAACUUUUUAGCCACAUCAGUCUUUUUAUUUCCUUCAUCUACUGCUUUUAACAUUUCAAGUUUCAUUUUCACUUCAAUCACCUUUCGUUUCCUAGAAGACAUGUUCAGUAGUACUGUUUUUUAAACUAUAAAAACAAAUUGACCUGACACAUGUAAAAAUAAGUUAUACUCGUAGUAUAGCCACGUUUCUCAAACAAUAAACAAGGUAACGACCAGAGAUGUGUGUGUAGCAAUACUUUAUGAUGUAGAACUUUGCAUCGGUUAAACACGCCGUGUGAGCAUAGAACAAAGAGUAAUGUCAGCGAACACCACAAUGCAGCGCUUUAGUCACCACACCAGUUUUGUGCAUUAAUUUCAACACUAGUGUAUUGCAGUCAUCUAUGGCGCGUAUCAAAAUAAAUAAGGUGGCAGUUUGUGGGAGAAUGGCGACGAUUUUAUCAGUUUGUCGUUUUUACCGUGCUGGGCAGAAAAAUGUUCGUUCAAAUGAAUAUUUAUAGAAUAUUUAAAAAAUUUGAGCGAGAAAAUUUGUACUAGUGAAUUUUUUUACGCUGUGUUAUAUGGACGUCUGACGGGACCAAAGGCAUAGUUCGUAGUAAUGAAUUGUUCGCUAUUGUGAAGUUCGUUAAAACGGUGUUUUACUGUAUUAGGAAUGGAACAAAAUUAAAAUUUCUUCUCUUCUCAAGUUUUUGGCAUUGGAAGUACAUCAAUUUUUGAUCAUAUUAAGAAACAGCCAUUGAAAGCAAAAAAAAAGUAAUACCAUACUUUUAAAUGUGAUUAUAUAUUACUAUACUCUUCAGCCAGUUAAAAUUUAGCUUGCCAGUCGUACGAAGGUGAUACAUGUGGUGUAAUUCUUUUCCCAUUAAAUCAUGCUUGGCCUGUAGACUUUUCCAAGUGAAACAUACAGCAUUUAGAUAUAUUUCAGCAUGCUGAAUGUUAAUUCCCAGAAUUUCAUACAAAAUUAGUUUAUGUUGCGAUGUUGUAGCUAUGAUCCAUGCAUUAAAGCUAAAAAAAUCCCCACUUUCAAAGUGUACAGUGAUUUUAUAUUACAUUGACUUCAUAAACAGCUACACAGUUGUACAAGGGUAGGUGUAGUCUGGGAUGCACUUAGAGAAAGAAGGCUGCCCGAAAGCAUACACAAGAGAAAAAAGAAGUGAAGGUGUAAGUAAAAGGUGUGAUAUACCUUUUAUCUUCUUUUAAAAGAUUUCAAUAAGUUUAUUAGGAAUUCUAAGAAAAAAAACUUUUUAAACUAGUUAUUGAAUAGGUAAAACAAACUGAAUUUUUAACUGUAACAUAUUUGCAGCCAUUUUAAAUAUAUUGAUAUUCUUUUUCUCACAAGUCAAAAAUAAGUCUCAAGAAAUAUAUCUUAAGUGCUGCGAAAAUGAGACUAAGGGUCUGAAUAGUUUACAGUGUAGACACUGAUGAAUUGUAUUUUAUAAAUAAGAGAUUAACCUGGUUCUGAAGUGUUGCUUGCAUGUGAAAAGGGGAAUAAAAUUGUUGUACAAAACACAACUCCAUGUGUAUUUCAUUGGGUAAAGAGACAAUGAGAUGUUCACAUUCUCACAUAUGACAUUAUAGUUGGCCAGAUGAAGUUUAAUAGAAAGUUAAAAAAACAUUUUUAGUUGUGACAACUGAUUGUAUAUUUUAUCAGACAUCAUUUUGUCCCAUUACCAAAAGAAAAUUAAGAGAGUGCAAAAGCUAAACAGUUUACUUGUUACUUUUAUAGAAGUAUGACGUAAUGCAGUAAUUGCAUUAAAACAAAACAAAAAAAAAUGUUUUGCCUCAGAAAAAUCAACCAAAGUGAUGCAGAAUCUAACACCCACGAAAGAUGCUCUACUGCAACUCACUGAUUGAUAGUGACCGGAUAAAUUCAUGGAUUAAUUUCUUAGUAGUGUAUAACUCGAAUAAUUAUACCUUUGUGCUGUUCAUGGUGUUGGCUUACAGUUGUGGAGGACCCUCGGGCGAAAGAAAUAUUGAAUCACAGACUACCCCGAUGAUACAUCUCACAAUGAAUUGGUGGGAAAGACAGAGUACUCGGAGAAAACACCAGCUCUCAGCAACGCCCGCAAUGUUUCCCACAUGUGAAAACUCCGGGUUGACUUCCAGGAAUGAAAUCAUGAUGGCAGUGGUGGGAGGCGAGAGAUCCGACUAUUCAACCACCAUGGCCUCAGAAUUAUUUGCUAUUUCAGAAACUUGUUAAGAGGGUUUCAUGGGUUGUAAUUUGCAGUCAUGUAAGGUCAGGUUUUAAUUAUUUUUGAGUAGUUACAUAUUUAUAGUUUUCUUCUGAAACAUCACUCAGUAGUGUUGUCUAAAUUCCUAGUAGAGUAUUUAGAGGUUGUAUGACUCCUGGGAAGUGUCUGAAAUAGCUUUCUUGCUGGGCACUCUUGUACUUUCAGCAGUUAACAUGAUUGUGUUUAAUAAUAAUAGAACCUGCUUUCCAUUAGGCUAAAGUCCGAUUCAAACGUACUUCAAAAUUUCUAAACAGAUAAAGCAGACAGAACCGCCAAGUGUUCAUAUACCCACAAUUACAACGUUCAUUACUUUGCUCAUUUAUAAUGUCUGUUUUAAGUGGGUGAAAUGUUUAGUAAUUUGUUAUACUGAAGCCAAAUCAAGCACUGGAGAACAAGUCAAAUAUUAUUAUGUUCCACUUUUACAAGUAUCUUGUUAAACCCUUUAUUAUCUUUUAAGUUUGGAAUUUAGGUGCUAACCGAAUAUGUAUUUUACAGGUUCUGGUUAGUACUAAUGUUCACUUUAAAGUUCUCGUCAACUAAUGAUCACUUGAAGUUGUCCUUAGUGAGGUUAAGGAAAGGAUUUUUUUGUGGUAGUUUCAAAGAGUUGAUUCAAAAUGUUAGUGAUUCUGAUUACACCUAUCCCUCACUUAGCUUGACUAAUUCGUUCCUGAAAAUGCUCGUGUUAUUCGAAAUCGCAUAUUCUGAAGCAUUAGUUUCCAUAAAAAGUAAGGCUAAUUUAUUUAAUUUGUUUCAAAAUUGUGUAGGAAAAUCUACUUGUGUAGAAUAACACUCAACUAUAAAUAUGUCACACCAUUAAUCUUUAUAUGCCUCCCACCGCACAUUUUUUAUGAUAAAUACGACACCACAUAAUGGGAGAUAUGUGAUUAUGUACUCUAUCGUCAGUCGGCUGGCUGACUUGCCCGCCCGGGCGUGACCUUCAACUCACGUCGCGUACCUUUCCAAACAAUUCUUCACUGACAGUGAAACUGAUAUUACUGUCCGGAUAAUUACAUUUUAUUCUUCAAAAAUUCCAGUGCUUAUUCCCGUAUUACCACCUGGUUCACACUAAUCCUGUCAGGCCAAUGAUUUUUUUUUUUUCAUUGCAACAUUCAUUAACAACCUUUUCCAUGUGAAUCAUCUGUUCAUUUCUGUUCCGGUAUCUAAUGUCAAAUAUAUUCCAACUAGUACAACAAACAGCAUUAGACUUAUAUAAACUUAUGUAAACUUUUCGUACGAUUGACUUGCUUAAAACUAAAGUGCGACAAACAUAAGCGUGGCCUUCAUGACAAUCUGCGCGUCGUAAUUCUUCUAGUUUUGUCUCAAAUACUUGAACACGAUGCAUUAUGAGUGAUCAAGCACUCGCAGUUAUCGGCAUCUGAAUGGGCAGACGUUGCUUUUGCUUGAGUGAAUUCCCUGCCACAGGCUAGGCUGAGUUCACGGCCUGGUCUGUGGCCAGGCGACAAUGAUACCGCACGGCGGCAUACGCGCGGACGUAAAAAGUAUGGUCCUUUACACUCCAUAGCCGCAAUUUAACUUGCCAUAGCUGAUGUUUGUACAACAGCCGAUAGCGUAGUCAGACCCCCUUGUUUGGCUAACUGUAUCCCACUGCACAUCUGUUGUUAACAGAAGUUGAAACAGACCUUGUGGUGUCGUGCCUGCCUUUUUUUUUUUUUGCCUGCGGAGAUUUUUGUUAACUGAAAUUUACAGACGUGCUAUUCAAGACUGGGGCAGCAAAAUUAACAUCACUCUAAAUGAAUCCGUGUAAUCUGAAGACGUGCUAAGUGAGGGAUAGGUGUACAAAUAAGUAUAGAAAAGUAAGUGGAAGGGAAAUAUAUGUUGAAUUGAAAUAAAUAGAAAUAUUAUUGAUUUUGCAGUUAAAUUUAGCUGAAUAAUGAAAAAUAAAUUUUAAAUGUUGUUCUACGCUUUAUUUUUGUGAGUGCACAAUGGAGAAAAAAGUUAAACUCUUUUCCAACUACUUUCUGAAAAUAAUAUUUAUCCUCAUUUUUUUUUUAGGUUAGAUGGCUGGACUUUGUAAAUCUAAUAAUCUUAUCCUGUCGAAAAUUAUGAUUUUAAAAAAAGCCUAUCCACCUUAACCAUUUGUAGGCCAAUUUACCCACUAUAUAUUAAAGUUAGUAGAUAGGAUCAGCUUUGUUAAAAAGGCAGGUACGUAUUAGAGAAUUUUAUAUGGAAAAAUCAAAUACUGAUAAAUGUGUGACAAUUUACAAUUGUGCCCAGCUAAGACGUUGACUGUUAGGUAGUGGGAUGUAUUAUGAUUAUGAUAUUAAUCGAAGACUGUUACUAAUUAACGGCACUCUAACAAUGACUGACGAGACAAAAGCACAGUUCAAAAACCACACAAAACAGAAAAAAAAAAGGGGUCUUCCGUGGAAAAACUACAAUUUUUAUUCUUACAACUACUAUUUAGGGAUUUUCCGGUUCUGGUAACAUCUCUGUCUCUCUCUAACACGGGAAGUGUUAAACCUUCAUCUAUCAUUUUGAUGCCUUAGGUUCGCACAUUUUUCUUUCUUUCAGUGAAACCACUGUACUAAUUUCUAGAAAUGUUACCAAAACACUACAUGCCAGUUUUCACCAUUUACAUUAUAUACGUUAUGACCUGCUACUGAUUCAGUUUUAAAUGGGCUGUUGAACAAUUAAAAAAAAACAUAUAUAUUUUCUCAUCUACAAGAGAAGAUAUUUUGUGUGAUGCAACUAACACUUCAUCACCCUCCUUGAAACUUACUGGCUUGAUACUUAUCAAACCUAUACCCUUUCUUAGCUUAUCUUUUGAAGUCAGCUUUUGCCCCACCUUUUUCAACUUGCCCUUUAGUUCUACAGCAGUGCUGUCUGGAAAAUUGAUAGGAUUCUGCAACUUAGUCGUUGGUGCUCUUUGUUGCAUCAGUUCCACUGGUAAACCCUAUACUUUCAUGCCAGAAGUUAUUAAUUGUUUCACUUUGUCCAUAACAUUUGCCCAUUGGCUGUGUUUAUCAUUACCAUACACUCUAAAAAAAGCAUCCCAACCCUCUCAUCACUCUUUCCAUGGGAUUAGAGGAAGUGUGGUACACAUCAGUGUAUCAUAAUUCAAUGUUCAAAAUACCUGACAAAGUUUUUCAUAAAUCACUAAGAAAUUGUGGGGCAUUGUCUGAAAUUAUUUUCCCCGGAAUAUCAAUGUCCUUUUCAUACACAUCCUUGAUCUUUUCAGUAACAGUUUGUGCUGUAGCUUGUUCAAGUGGAUACAAUUUUACAAACUUGGAAAAAAUAUUUAAUGCCACAAAAAUGUAUUUCACUCCACCCCUUCCAGUUGAAGGGGCCCAAAUAAAUCAAAACUUAUUAUUUCUAACAGUUUAGUUGCUAAAACAUGUUGCAUAACUCUUUGACACUUUUUAUUUAACACUUUUAUUUGAACGCAAAUCAUAUAAGUACUUACAACUUCAACAACAGUUGUAUAUACAUCCUUACAAACCCAGAAACUCUGAACAUAUUUUACCAUUUUAGUUAUCCCAAAAUGCUCACAUUCAAUAUGCAGAAAACUAAUGACUUUCCUUUUUUCGAAGUGUGUGGAAUACACAGUAGGUACCCACUUAGGAAUAUCAUUUCUUACAUUCUGAAAAAAAGUCUACUUUCAUUACAAAUUUCCUCUGUAUAAUAUAUACAAUUAUCAGAUUAUAACUCUUUUAUUAUUUUAUGUAAUCUAGGAUCCUUAUCCACUUAAGUUUUUAAUUCCUCUGAAAUUUCUUUCAUGCCAAUUUCUACCUCUGCCACCUGUUGACAUAAAUAUCUGAUUUUAUACUCUUUCAUUUGGGUAGCCUAUUCUGCAAUGCUUCUAGACAGAGCAUCUGCCACUUCUUGUGUUUUCACUGGAAUGUGUUGUUUGUCCAAAUCAUGCUCUUGUAAUGCCAAAAUCCAUUUAGUGAUUCUACCAUGUAGUAAUUUACAAGCACUCAUGUGGCAUGAGGCCUUGUGAUCUGUGUACACAGUUGUUUUACCACCAUAUAUGUAUGUGCGAAACUUAUAACAAGCAAAUAAAUACUCAGUAAUCCCUUCUCAGUGGUAGUGUAGUUAAGUUCUGCAGAAGUAAAACUUAUAGGAACUUGGUCCCCUUCCUUAUUCGCCUGAAAAAGCAUGGCACCUAUUGUCUCAUUGGAUGCAUCACAUGCAGUGUAAAAAUUUUCAUCUAAUUUUGGAUGGUGUAUCAAAAUUUCCUUCUCUAACUUAAGUUUCAAUAAAUCUACUGCCUAUUUCUGCUCUUUGUCUUAUUUCAGAAUUGGCCUUUCUGUAGCAGUUUUCUUAAAGGCACACAAAUGUUACUAAACCCUGGUAAGUAUUACGAAAAAAGUUGAAAAAUCCUAUUAAGCUCUCUAGUUGCUUACAACUAGCAGGUGAUGGGUAUUCUCUAAUUGCUUUGAGCUUAUCAGGGUCAAUGGGGAUCCCUUGGGUAUUAACAUUACCCAAUAAAUAAUAAUUCCUCAAAAAAUUCAGAUUUUUGCAUAUUUACUGUGAUAUUAUCUUCUUGCAAUUUUCUAAGGACUAACUGAAUUAACUGGCAGUGUUCCUCAAAACUUCCUCUAGUCCUCGAAUGAAAUGACUUACUGAUACAUUUUAACCCAAAGGCAAUCUUUUAGAACAUAAGGUUUUACCCUGAUACAAAACAGCAGUACAAGCUCUUGAUUUCUCAGCUAACGGAAUCUGCCAAUAAGAUUUAACCAAAUCAGUUUUUGAGAAAUAUUUACAUCCUUCAAGUUUUUGUAACAAUUCGUCCAUAGGUUCUGGCAAUUUCCUAUCCUGUACUAACCCCCCUAUUUUUUGUUUUAACAACCAUUGGAUUUAAAUACUGAGGACUACAUAUUUCAACAAUAGUUAAACUUAGGUUUCUGUUAUUUAUUCCCUUUCCAUAAAGCGGAUAUGCUCGCCGAGCAUGCUCGCCGAAUUGGCUCAACGAACAUAUCCGCUAGUGUAUGGGCUGGUCCGGCCUCUGUCAGACCGAGCAUGCUCGGCUCGCUGUCGGAUGGCAAUUCCCUCCGAGCCGAGCCCCGGACUGAGCAUGUCCGCCAGUGUGUGGCAUGCUCGCCCUGAGCCCACAGUGAGUGUGCUGUCUGUUGUCGCAUCAUCAUGUCUUUUAAUGACAAUAAAUUUUUAUCGCACUCUUCGACCAGUGUGGGAUAUAAGGAGUAAGGAAUAUGCCAAUAGGCAUAUCAAACGAGAGUGCUACGAACAGCUAGUGAAUAAAGCCAGAGAAAUGUUUCCAGAUGCCGACGUCGACUUUGUGAAGAAAAAAAUUGACAAUUUACAUGCAAGCUUUCGUCGUGAACUUUGAAAAAUUAAAACAUCCAAACAAAAUAAUCCACCAAACAGUGCAAGUGCAAUGCUACUUGCAGCCAUUAUGCAAGUACAACACCGACUGUCUUUAUAGAGAAAGUGACGAGCAUGCUCGUGUAGUGUGUGGUAGCGGCCAUGCGGCGAGCAUGCUCACCGAGCCAGGUCGGCGAGCAUAUCCGCUAGUGUAUGGGGCGCUUAACAUUACAAUCUAAUUCUCCUUCAGUCUCAAAAUUAUUUCCCAUUAUUAUUUGCAGGCUAAAAUAUUGCAUUUUUUUGUCUGUUUGAAAAGCAGUUUGGGUUCCUGACAAUUGAAUACAUUGUCUUGAGUAAUCAGUAAUGGCCUCAUUUCCCUGUAACCAAUCAGCUCCUAAGACCACAUUUAUAUUUAACCCUUUUAGCACAAGCAAAACUAUCCACAUUACUGCCUCUGCUGAUUUGGUUUCUAAAAUUAUUUGCUUCUUUACAGUUUUAUUUCCAGAGUGUGCUGGUUUAAACCAUGUGGUUUUUAAAAAAAAGUUUUUUUUUAAGUAAUGUAUUUUUAAAUAGAAUAACUUAUUUCUUUUUUAAUGAAUGGUCUGAUUCCACUCUAAUAACAACAAAAGUUAGCUCAUUAAUGUUUCUUGUGAUUUACAGGAACGAAGAAUUAUUUACCAAUCAAGAUCUUAUAAUUUUAAUUAUCUGAAUAAGUUGUAAAUUAUACCCAGCAAAAUACUCCUGUAAAAUUUAAUUAAUUAGUGAUACCAAUUUGCUGCUAAUAAAUUUGAGUAACCAAGGGAGGAUCACACACACAUUCACCAGUGGGAAGCAGAAAGGUGUAGAUUUGUUUCAAAGUUUAACUAAUAAUACCCUAUUAGAUCACACAAUUUUUUUUGUUACACAAAAACUCUAGUAAACAAUAUGUUGGCUGACAUCAGCCCAACAAGAGAUUCCGGAACAGAUGGGUAUGUGACUUCAUCAAUCUGCAGGUUCGACUAUGUGACUUAUUAUUUUCCUAUAAUACAUUUGACAUUCCAUGUACAUUAUUUGAUAUGGACUGUACAACUGCUGGGACAAUAUGCAAUUACUUGUCGAUUCCUUCAUUCGGCCAUUAUCCUGGCAGCAAAGGGGUAUGUGGUUUAAUAACACAAUAUAGUAUACAUGUAAGAAACCGUACACGAAGUAACCCGAUACUUAUUGAGAAUAACGUUAACAAUGACGUGACUGACAUAUAGAGUAUCUGACUAGUUAUGACUGGCAAGUUGUGGUUUCUCAAAGAUUGAACACUCGGAGUUUAUAUCACUGUCACUCUUGAUACUAGCUUUACGAGCCAUUGUUAUUUAUCUUAGGAAAUGACUGUACAAUUUCAGCCUGAAAAAUUGGGCAAUCAUUAAUCAAUGACCCAGCAAUGUUCAUUCCCUCCAGGCCUAUCGGCGUAUUGUUACAGCAGCCACUCGCCUUAUCAAAUGUUGUGCUCCACGGGGCAUGACUUGUCCGUGCUGUCCAUGGUGAUGUCCAGGACCAGCAAGUUUAUCGCAGCCUUCCUGGUAUGCUCAUCACGGGAUCUGGCCGCCAGAAGCCACUCAUUUUUUGGGAACUUGCUCGGCACUCGGUCGGUAGUCCACCCAGCAAACACUACUCACUGGUCAGUGAGUUGUGAACCCGAUGGUCUGUGACCUACUCGGUCUGUGAUCCGUGGUGUGGCAGGCGUCUGCGACUCGUUGCAGGCCUCACUCGCAGCUCACCCACUGGUCCCUGGCUCACUCCUUCGGUACACCUUCACUUGCGCCCUUCCCCUAGCACAUGUCCCCUCUGCGACUUGCUGACUCGCUUGGCAGCCCUGGCCUGCAGAACUCCAACCAGCGACCCCCUUGGAUUAGCAGCACUGACGUCAUACGUGGAAAUGGACCAGCAUGACUGCUAACCAACUGAUGUAACGUAAUGCAGAAGCAUGCAGCGGCCUCCGCGACUCCGGCCAUCAUAGUGCCCCUCAUCGACUCUUGAUGGUGAUAGAGUAAAAGCAGUUGCACUCCGCGCCCUAUAUUACCCCUUGGCCUGGACUGUUCCAUUUAUUACGAACCCUGGGCUGCAGGUAAACACUCAAAAGUGAAUAAUUAAAUUAAGGCCUUGGAAGCGUCAGCCCAGAAAACAAAACAAUAACAACAAUAAUCACAGAGGUGCCCAGACGUUGUAUAAAAGAAUUUUAUUUAUAACCUACUAGCAACUCUAGUAGGCUAUGUGGAUCGGGGAUGAAUACUAAUGAAAUAACAAGACUGAUGGUUUGAUUUAUAUAAGAGCCCUUUUACUUAACUAAUUUACUUUUGUUUUUAUCUUUUAAUUACAUUGGUAUUAAAACAUAUUGAUUACAAAAUGGAGGGAGCCCCGGGGCAACAAAAUACAUAUAAAAGUAACACCAUAAUAUCUCUUGAAUUUAAUACUGGUUUUAAGUUAGCUCGCAGGCUCAAAAAAACAAACAAAAAAAAACAAUUACAUUGAAAUUUAAUUAUGUCCUGUGUCCUGGCACCGGAGGUUUCGGCAGAUUAACGUCCAGAAGAAAUCAUUUUGAGUAGAAACUUGGAGAUAAACUCGGAGUUAAACUUGCGAGUGGAGCUUGCAGCUAAUUUUGGAACUUGGAGCUCAUUUUGGAGGCUGAUUUUGGAGCUAAACUUGGAAGCUGAAUUUGGAGGCUGAAUUUGGAGGCUGAACUUGGAGGCUGAACUUGGAGCUCAUUUUGGACCCCGACUGCAACCAAAGUCCCAAAUUACUUAGACUGGUUAACAGGCGGCUAAGCCUGGGCAAGACUAUGCCCAGUGAAAGGCAAAAAAAAAGGGGGGGGGGGGGGGGUAGUGAUGACGACCACUUACCCAAAACAGCGGGGUGAAGUUCAUGUCGGCUGCCUGCAGGAGCAGGGAAAGCAGCUCGCGGCACAGAAGUUCUCGAUAAUCAUGAUUAGAGAAAAUGAAAUAAUUUAGAUUAACAAAAAAAAUACUAUUGCGGGCAGCAAAAUUUAAAAAUUAGAAAAUUGAGGCCUCUAUGCCUUGACGUUGGCGACUACAUGACGUAGUGUCGAGUCUUGGAGAUAAACUUCGGAGAUUAACUCUCGCGGAUCGCGACUCGUGGUCCACACAGACCAGAUGCCGCCCGCCGAAUCUUCAAAAAAUGGCGUCGGGGCACCUAAUUAGAGGAAGCAACUGCCCCCAGCCAAAGAAGGGGGGGUGGUGAUUGCCCGAAGGUGUCCGGAGAUGCCCGAAGGGGCGAAGCAGACUGCAACCUGUUCGCUGCGCUCUCACGCGAGUCUUAGGCAAACUAAAAUCGCAAUCGCGCUGCGACUGCUGCCAAGGUCGAUUGUGACAAGCUGUCUCUUAUGGGAGGGAUGAGUAUUGCACUCUGGCGGGCAAGACGAGAACCUCCCUGGAGGGUCACAGAAACAUCCGCUAGAGUGCAGUGGGCGCGCUCGUGACCAGCGCUCAGAGCAGGGUUAGGGAUUUUUCCCGCCGCUAGACUUCGCUGAGGGCUCUGUUUGACAAGUGGGAAUGUCCUUGGGGAGGCAAUGUCCCCGCCUGGGUUCACUGGGGGGUCGAUGCUCCGGGUUGUAGUUCCCCUGAAGCCACCGGUGGGUGAUGAGGGGAGGGGGGUUUAAAUUUGCUAAGUCGCCUGGGAAAGGCGUCAUGUGGACCGUCCCGAGGCUUCGCCGCUGGCUGUAACUUGGUCCAGAGGCGUGCUGGCAAAACCCUUACGUAUGCUUGCCUCCGAGAAAUGAAAGUUGCUAGCAGUGGGGUUGGGGUAGCGUUCGCUAACGCGAAAGUCGUUCUGUUACAUAGGGAAAACGUGACGCGAACCGCGGCCGGGAUGCUGCGAUCGCAAAUCGUCAGCAAACAGUAUCUAAUUGAAGCCUGAGAACAAGCGCAGGUGCACUGGGUUGCACAAGAUUACGUCGGAGUGUACAGUAAUGGAAACAAAAUUUAAUAAAAUAAAAAUUACAAAUUUAUUAUUUGGUUUUCUUCUUUAAAAAUUAAAAGUUAAAUUGAAAUUCGUACAUUUGUGCCUGAAAGUGGCACUGAAACGGCACAUACUUCCCCCUUGAAAGACGGAGUCAGGGUGGCCAACUUGAGCCACCAAAAACCUAAGUGACUUACCCUGUACCAGGAUCUACUGUAGUAAACUACUUACAACCGAUAAGAAUUCUUACACAUUUAAAUAGAGCUAAAACUUACAGAUAACUUAUUGAAUAAGUGGCGCCACUGAAAACUAGACAUCUUAAUAUAACACUUCUUAACUUAAAUAUCUUAUGAACUAGUACCAUGGGUUUUUUUACUUAUAAUUAGGACCUAGGAAUUUUUCUUGAAAUAUCAACACUGUGUGUUGAGUAUGGCAUGCCGGAAUAUUAGCGCGGUUCCUAGUGUAAGGAAAGUAGUGAAGAGUAGUGCCCCCUACUUCAUGUCAGGGUGCACCUUCUUCACUUGGGAGAUGUGGGCGCGCGCGCGAAAUUCGCCAGAACUCGUGUCGGCUAGAGCAACGGUUACUGGCGUGAGGAAUCGUUGUAUCUGCCAGGGGCCAUUCCAACGAUACGAAAGCUUGGCUGAUCGCUUGUCGAUAGCCUUGCUUAAGGUGUGUGUCUUGCACAGCACCAAAUCACUUAGUCUGUAGGGAUUGGGAGAACGUUUUCUGUUAUAUUUCUGUCUACUUGCCGCAUGGGCUAAGUGCAGGUUUCUACGAGCUCUACUCCAGACUUCCUUAAUGUUCCUCGGGUCGUCUGGUAGUAUCUCUUUCAAAGACCAUUGAUUAGAGAGUGGGGUGUUGGGCUGGUAGGUAAACAUGAGUUCAAACGGUGUUGUUUUGUGACCUUCAUGUCUGGCCGAAUUGAAAGCAAACUGUAACCACACGAGGUUAGAGUCCCAUUUAUCCUGCGAGUUCGCAUGAAAUGCUAUGAGAGCAUAUCGGAGGUUUCUGUUGAAACGCUCCGCAUGCGAAGGCUGGGGACAGUAUGGUGUAGUGGUUACAUGCUGUAUUCCGUGUGAAAAACACAUGUUUUUGAAAAGAGUCGAUUUAAAGUUUGUGGAAUUAUCGGAAACGAUGAUGGAAGGAACUCCAGAAAUUUUGAAAAUGUUGUUUUGUAGGGCUCGAAUGGUAAUUUCGGCCGUGGCUCUCCUGACUGGAAUUAGCCACACGAAUUUUGAAAAGGCGUCUACGCAUACCAAAAGCAUUGUAUUUCUGUCCUUUGAUCUUGGGAAGGGUCCCACAAAAUCUAUGAAAAGCUUUUGCAUGGGCCUUUCGGCCACGUCAGAACUUAAAUAGCCGAACUGGGUCUGCUGCGCAGGUUUACUCAAUGCACAUAAUUUGCACAGUUUUAUCCUUUGUGUAAUAUCCUUGUGCAUCCCGUCCCAGAUAAGAUUCCUGCGAAUGUUUUCAAUCGUUUUGAAAAUUCCUAAAUGUGCGCCUAAAGGUGACGAGUGGUAAUACUGAAAAACCAUGUCCCUGAGAUUUUGAGGUAUGGCUAUUCUGAAACUUUUUCCUUGUUGUGUCCUUCGGUAAAGUAUGCCUUUUGAAAGUUUGUAAUAUUUUGGAGGUGAGCCUGAUUUUAUUUGGUUAAUUAUGUUUGACAAUUGUGGAUCAGAAUUUUGAUUUGAUUGUACGUCGGAAAAUGCUAGUGGAAAAUCUGUUAACAAUACGUGGCAGGCAAUGGGAUUGUUUUCCUGAAUAUCGGAGUUGGAAGGGUUCUCGAACAUUCGAGAAAGAGUGUCUGCCACGAUGUUUUGUGAACCACGAAUAUGUUGGAUGUUGAAUUUGAGAGAAGCAAUUUUUACAAUCCAGCGACCUAAUUUACCUAAUUGCUUCGGAUGGGCUAAAAGCCAAGCAAGGGCCUGGUUGUCUGUUUCUAGUAGAAAUUCUUUGUGUUCUAGAUAUGGCCGAAACUUAUCUAUGCCGAAAACUACGGCAAGGCACUCAAGUUCGUAUACCGAGGAGGCUUUUAUCUCCUGGUGUGUUAGGGUGCGGGAGGCAAAAGCUAUAGGUUGCCUGCAGCCAUCGAACUCUUGGGAUAACACGGCACCAAUGGCCACACUGGAUGCAUCGGUUUGCAGAAUGAAAGGCUUACUGAAAUCAGCCAUUCUGAGCACUGGAGGGCUAGCUAUUGCCUGUUUUAGGAAAUCAAAGGCUUUGUCCUGUUCUGGACCCCAAUUGAAAACUGAAUUUUUCUUACGUAGAGCAUUCAGUGGUGCUGCAUGCUCAGCAAAAUUAGGUAUGAAUUUAGCGUAGAAAUUUGCUAUGCCGAUAAAUCUGGAAAUGCCUUUAGCAUCUUUAGGGGGUUGGAAAUCCUUUAUCGCUUGUGUGCGACUAGGGUCUAUGGUUACUCCUCUACUUGAAAUCAGGUGUCCGAGGAAAGAAAUUUCCUGCACUGCAAAUUUUACCUUCUUUGUAUUGACAGUUAGGCCGGCUUUACGUAGUCGCUCAAGAACUGCUUGCAAAUGAGCAAUAUGCUCUUCAAAAGUUUCUGAAUAAACAACAACGUCAUCAAGAUAAUUAAAAACGAAUUUGAAUUUCAGGUCGCCGAAAAUUUGGUCUAGAAGGCGUGUUAACACUUGCGCGCCUUUGGCUAGACCAAAAGGUACUACUUUGUAUUGGUAGAGAUUCCACGGAACGCAGAAACCUGUGACGUGUUUUGACUCUGGAGUUAGUGGUAUUUGAUGAUAGGCCAAGUUUAGGUCAAACACACUGAAAAAUUUGGCUUUACUGAACCAGUGACAUGCCGAAUUUAGAUCUGGUAAUGGCUUCAUUUCUACUUCAAUUUGACGGUUGACACGGCGAAAAUCGACCACCAUGCAGUGACCUUGACCUUGAUCUUUGGGUACCAAAAAUGCCGGGAAGGCGAAACUGGAGGUGGAAGGUUCGAUGACAUCUUUGUCUAACAAAUUCUGUAUGUGAUCCCGCAUUAUCUGCAUUUUAGGUCCUAAUAAUUAAUAAGGAUGACACCUAACUGGGGUUUUGUCCAAAAGCUUAAUUUCAUAUUGUGUGAGAUGGGUGCGUCCUAAUUUUUCACUCAAAACGUCGGGAAAGUUCCUGCAUAACUUUUCUAUUUCUUGUCUAUGUUCGGAGUUAAGGUGGGUCAGUGAAAUGUUGUUUUCACCUUUAGCAUCUGCGUGAAUGGCAUUUACAUUGCUCUGACAUUUUGCGUCAGGUUACACAAAAGAAACAAAAACUUGGUUGUUAAAUUUGAAGUGAAAUUUUCGUGUUUUCAAAUCAAUUAUCAUGCCUGUUUUAACAAUGAAAUCUGAACCAAAAAUUAAAUCUGUGGCUAAAUCAUCUGCUACUAAGAAUGGGAAGGUCCAAGAAAACAAAUCGAUUUUUACUUUAACAAGGACAAUGCGAUUUACUUUCAAAGGCUGUUCAGCAGCUGUAAAACACUGUAUUUCUAUUGGCUCUACCUUUUGAGUCAAACGCUCCUGUUGUAAUUUCCUGAACAGCUGGCCUGACACGAAUGAUCUCACGGAUCCAGUAUCAAUUAGACCUGGGACUUCUUGUUUUCCAAUUGUUGUGUUUGCGUAGGGCAAAACUGUGGGUAGAUUGGCGAAAAUGUUAUGACAUGUUCGUUUGUCAGUCGUGUGAGGACAGUUACAUUUCUUACACCCGGGCGUAACAGUGUUGCUAUGAUCAGUUUGUUUUCUUUUGUUCAUUCGGACUUGUUUGUUUGUUUUGUGUUUUUGUUUUCUUUGUUUGUUUUUCCAACGAUUUGGGGAAGCUGUGUUUUGUUGUGAUUUGUUGCUGUCAGGUUUAUUAUUUACGUUUGUGUGGAAGCAAAUAUUUCUUACAGUUGAUUGGUGUACUGGCUCAGAAAGGAUUCUUUCUGGCCAGCGAUUUACACGUUUUUUGAAUUUUGAGAAUAGUGAAAAUUUGGCCGAUAGUUUCUUGCACGACACUGUUCAAUGUAGUGCCCAGACUUUUUACAGUAUCUACAAACCGGUAUGCUCUCAUCUUUGUACUGGGGCUUAGCAAAGUGUUCAGAGUUGUGCCUUUGUUGGAAUUGUUUAUUAGAAAAUUGCUGUUUAUUUUCUGUUCCUGUCCGUGCGUUGUUGUGGGCGUAGGAAUUAGCUUCUCAAUUUCGCUGGUGGUCAGCGUAUUCUACAUUUGUGUUGGAGAUACACAGGCGGUCAAGCUCGGCAAAGUUUUGCGGUCGAGACUGGAAAACUGCCCUCGAUCUUUCCUGCGGAUUAAUUCCAUCAAGGAUGUUUGAAACUAUCUCGUUCUCAGACACUCGCAACCGAAGAAUUUGUGCAGCUAAUUUGAUGUCUGCUAUGAAAUUUGGUAAGGCUUCACUUCUUUGUUGUAGCCUAUUGUACCAUUCCAGUCUGAUGUUGGUCAUCAAACGGGCUGGAAUAAAAUAAUUUAGUACGUCUUCGUGAAAUUGGUCAAAUGAAUAAUUUUGCUCAAUGGCGAGCGUCACUCGCUCGCUCAAGGGUGGUUGUGUGAAGGGGAAAAUGAUUUCCAGCAGUUCCCUGUCUGGAAUAUUAGCCUUUUGUUUGAUUCUGAAUAAAUGCUUGAGGAACUCGAUUGGGCUCCUGGGCUCCAAUCCUGUGGUUUCCUUGAAAUUAGCUAAGAGCCUCUCCACGGGAUGUGGAAUCUUAGCAUAAAAAUUGCCUCCAGUUGCUUGAUUGGAGGUAGAAAAUACAGGUACUGGGUUCGGUGCUAGGGUAGAGGAUGGAGGUGGGGCUGGUUGAGGUUGAGGUUGAUUUUGAGGUUGAUAUACCUGCGGAGCCAAUGGCAGGUAUGUGGUGGCGGGGCUGAUGUAUGGAAGUUGCGACUCUACUCUGCCACCGGGUGGCACAGAUGCUGCUUGUGACAGCGUAGCUGCCAGGGCGGAAGGAAAGGCUAUAAGUGGCGAACCUGACCUUUCAAUGGCCGAGGAGGUGGGGUGGGCUUCCGGAGAGGUUUGAAGGGAUGAAAAGGCGGACCUGAAUUCACGAUAGGGGUUGAAAAUGGUGGGUGAGGUGGAGGGUAGGUAUAUGGGUUGGGGCCUGUAAAAAGGGUGAGCUGUGAACGCUUGAAUGGGAUGAGUAUAUGUAACAUUGGUGCUCUGGUGAGUACCAGUCGCCAUGACAGUCGCGGAGGGAAACUGCAAGUUAAUGGCUGUAGGGGUGGUGACAGGGAAUGCCUGACGGCGUGGUGUUACGGGGGGUGAUGGAGGGGGGGAGGUUAAAGGAGGGGGGGUAGGGAAUGAGCUACCUCCGGUUUGCAUUUGUUUUGGAGGUGGCUGUACUUGAGUGGCAGUUGCUCCUCCUGCCACUGCCUCUACGGGUUCAAGUAAUCCUUGAUCUAUUGCGGCUAGUUUGCUCCGCAAUUGGAAGGUUAGACCAGGGAUCUGCUGCCUACAUUUGUCGAUCUCCUUUUGGUAGAUCCCAUUUAAUUUGUUUGCGGCUACUAUUUUGAGGUUAGUAAACCUCGUGCCGAUAUGGCUCAAGCGAGUUAGUGCACGGAGGAUGUUGUUUUUAUUUGUUUCAUCUCCUACAGAAUUAGUGUAGCUGUAGAGAUCUUGAAAUUUGUUACAAACACAAUUAAAUCCAUUCAAUGGGUCCAAGUUCGCGAGAUUAGCUAUUUGUGGCUGAAUCUCUUCGGCACACGCAGCUCGGAGUCUUUUCCGGAGCGUGGCCAUGUCACCGAGGUCUGAUAAGCCUCGAAACCGUAGUUCAUACAUAAGCUCGUCACGGAGGAGAUACUCCGGCGUGAGCAUUGUGUUCAUUUCGUCGUUGGACCUUGGUCCAAUCUUACAAAGACAAAAAAAAUACACUAAAUUUUGACGUUGGUUGGUCAAAAAAAAUACCAACAAAGACUUAAAACUAUUGUUUAAAAAGUACCUUAAAUUCUAUACAUAAGACACUCUUAACUUAACUUAGUUUAAUAAUAUCAUCGUUACUCCAGCAGGUCGGAAGUAUGUGCCCAAAAUAACGAAAAAUCUUUGUUUAGAAAACUUUAACUUUAUACCUAGGAGGGGUCAAACACAUGCGUCCUAGCCGGUAAUGAAAACUAAUUAUUACUGCUUGGCUCGGGGGACGAACGACGUUCGUCAAGUUGCGUGCCCAGCAGGCCGCUGUGGCAGUACAGUCAGUCGUCCUGUGAAGGUCGCCCAGGGCGGUGAACUGAACUCUACGCGACAACGCGCGCCGUGAGAGAUAAGGUGCGGAGGAGGGAUGGGGUGUUGUUUACAACGGGUGAGCACGUCCUAGUGAUAAGGCCAACAGCUGAGUGAAGAGGGCCUGGAGCCCGCCUUGGGCCGCAUGGAGAAGAAUACGCGACCAUCGGUCAAAGGGAAAACAGAAUUAUAACUUAAAUGAAUUUAAGAAUAAAGAAGGGGGUCCCAGUUUUAGGACUUACAACAAUAUGUCAUACAAUCUGAGUCUAAAUAAACUCGAAAAACCAUUUAGUUAUAUAUUACAUUAUGUUUCAAAUUUAAAAUUGAAAUUUCAAAUUAAAAAUUAAAAUUUCAAAUUAAAAAUUAAAAUUAUUAUUUGGGUAUGCAUAUAAACCAAACCACGUUAAAUACUACCAACUUCCAACAUGAAGCAGAAAAUUGCUCUAUGGUACCAACUUGUAGCAAAGAUCAAACCAUGCUAACUGCUACCAUUUUUAUUACGAACGCUGGGCUGCAGGUAAACACUCAAAAGUGAAUAAUUAAAUUAAGGCCUUGGAAGCAUCAGCCCAGAAAACAAAACAAUAACAACAAUAAUCACAGAGGUGCCCAGACAUCGUAUAAAGGAAUUUUAUUUAUAACCUACUAGCAACUCUAGUAGGCUAUGUGGAUCGGGGAUGAAUACUAAUGAAAUAACAAGACUGAUGGUUUGAUUUAUAUAAGAGCCCUUUUACUUAAAUAAUUUACUUUUGUUUUUAUCUUUGUUUUUAUCUUUUAAUUACAUUGGUAUUAAAACAUAUUGAUUACAAAAUGGAGGGAGCCCCGGGGCAACAAAAUACAUAUAAAAGUAACACCAUAAUACCUCUUGAAUUUAAUACUGGUUUUAAGUUAGCUCGCAGGCUCAAAAAAAACAACAAAAAAACCAAUUACAUUGAAAUUUAAUUAUGUCCUGUGUCCUGGCACGGGAGGUUUCGGCAGAUUAACGUCCAGAAGAAAUCAUUUUGAGUAGAAACUUGGAGAUAAACUCGGAGUUAAACUUGGAGUGGAGCUUGCAGCUUAUUUCGGAACUUGGAGCUCAUUUUGGAGGCUGAUUUUGGAGCUAAACUUGGAAGCUGAAUUUGGAGGCUGAACUUGGAGCUAAACUUGGAGGCUGAAUUUGGAGGCUGAACUUGGAGGCUGAACUUGGAGCUAAUUUUGGACCCCGACUGCAACCAAAGUCCCAAAUUACUUAGACUGGUUAACAGGCGGCUAAGCCUGGGCAAGACUAUGCCCAGUGAAAGGCAAAAAAAAAAGGGGGGGGGGUAGGGAUGACGACCACUUACCCAAAACAGCGGGGUGAAGUUCAUGUCGGCUGCCUCCAGGAGCAGGGAAAGCAGCUCGCGGCACGGAAGUUCUCGAUAAUCAUGAUUAGAGAAAAUGAAAUAAUUUAGAUUAACAAAAAAAAUACUAUUGCGGGCAGCAAAAUUUAAAAAUUAUAAAAUUGAGGCCUCUUUGCCUUGACGUUGGUGACUACAUGACGUAGUGUCGAGUCUUGGAGAUAAACUUCGGAGAUUAACUCUCGCGGAUCGUGACGCAUGGUCCACACAGACCAGAUGCUGCCCGCCGAAUCUUCAAAAAAUGGCGUCGGGGAAGUAACUGCCCCCAGCCAAAGAAGGGGGGGGGUGGUGAUUGCCCGAAGGUGUCCGGAGAUGCCCGAAUGGGCGAAGCAGACUGCAACCUGUUCGCUGCGCUCUCACGCGAGUCGUAGGCGAACUAAAAUCGCAAUCGCACUGCGACUGCUGCCAAGGUCGAUUGUGACAAGCUGUCUCUUAUGGGAGGGAUGAGUAUUGCACUCUGGCGGGCAAGACGAGAACCUCCCUGGAGGGUCACAGAAACAUCCGCUAGAGUGCAGUGGGCACGCUCGUGACCAGCGCUCAGAGCAGGGUUAGGGAUUUUUCCCGCCGCUAGACUUCGCUGAGGGCUCUGUUUGACAAGUGGGAAUGUCCUUGGGGAGGCAAUGUCCCCGCCUGAGUUCACUGGGGGGUCGAUGCUCCGGGUUGUAGUUCCCCUGAAGCCAUCGGUGGGUGAUGAGGGGAGGGGGGUUUAAAUUUGCUAAGUCGCCUGGGAAAGGCGUCAUGUGGACCGUCCCGAGGCUUCGCCGCUGGCUGUAACUUGGUCCAGAGGCGUGCUGGCAAAACCCUUACGUAUGCUUGCCUCCGAGAAAUGAAAGUUGCUAGCAGUGGGGUUGGGGUAGCGUUCGCUAACGCGAAAGUCGUUCUGUUACAUAGGGAAAACGUGACGCGAACCGCGGCCGGGAUGCUGCGAUCGCAAAUCGUCAGCAAACAGUAUCUAAUUGAAGCCUGAGAACAAGCGCAGGUGCACUGGGUUGCACAAGAUUACGUCGGAGUGUACAGUAAUGGAAACAAUAUUUAAUAAAAUAAAAAUUACAAAUUUAUUAUUUGGUUUUCUUCUUUAAAAAUUAAAAAUUAAAUUUAAAUUCGUACAUUUGUGCCUGAAAGUGGCACUGAAACGGCACACAUUGCUGGCUAAGUGUAGUAGAAUUUUCAUUAUUAGCCUGGGCUCUGGGCACAUCCACAAGCCCAGACUCAGGCUUGACUGGGUUUUCGCCUAAGCAUCUAGUGAGCCCCAGUCAUGUUUUCAAAUUUAAGGUGCCAGGGUAAAACAGUAAUGGCCAUGCACACUUAUAAAUAUUUUCUAUCAACAGAAUGCAAAAACUGUGCUAUCUAUAACCAACUUUACUGUAUUUUUUUUAAAAAUGGUUAUAAAUUUCAAAACAAGUAACUGGGAAACUACUGUUAUAAAUAAUUGUCACAUUUUUACCGCUUGUCACUAUUUUAUGUCAUGUUAUUGCUUCUGCUAUUUGUAUUAAUAAUUUAUUUUUUGAGAAUUGCUUUAUGAGACAACAGUCUUUAAUGUGAGUAAAAUAUACUUUUAAAUAGCUUUAUAUUUCCACACUGUAACAUUAACCUGUACCUUGAUACUGUUUGGCUACCAAUACUUUUUUUUUUCCAACAUACCAAUGUUAAACAUGAUACAUAGUUAAUAAGAAAAGGUGUUACAGUGUUCAGCAAGAAAGGUCACUUCCAUUUUGUAAUUUAAUGAAUAGUACAAAACAAACUGUAAAAUGGAAGUACCUGUUAAAGUUGUCGUAAGCUUGAUGUGAUGAGGAUUAAGUUUUGAACACUUUAACGUGAACCUGUAAAAAAGGGCCCGUAAUGUAAUGAAUACAUUGUAUUAAUUAAUAUGUUAUAACCUUUUGUUAAAUUUGUAAUACAUGACAUCGUACGGCCGAAGGCCACCCCAAAGCCCGACCUGCACCCGCCAGUACUCGGCUCUGCUAAUGGAAAGCACCCCUACCCAUGGCCCACCUGAGUCAAGUGAGCGGACCGCAGCCCAAGGUAGAGAAUAGCGAACCAUUUUUAAUUAUGCAUGCAAUGCACUCACCGUGCCUACAAAAUUCCCUACGCAAUAAUAACGUAAUCAAAAACAAACAAAA